AAUUUCAAAACGUGUUUAUCUUUCCUGGUAAAAAAUUGUUUGGUUUUGUUUUAUUCAAGUGUCUAAUUUUACGUAGUGUUUAAUUUAAUUAUCUUGUGAUUUACAUUGUUUAAAGAUUAGUCAUGGCUGCAAUUGACUGUAAUAUUGGAUCAAUUUUAGAGCAGAUCGAGGAAAAGGAGAAAGAAGCUUUGAAAUCUGUUCAAAUUGAGAAGGAACUUGUUGAUUUGGAUUUAGGCCUGUGUUUGAUGGUAGACAAUAAUCCAUUGGAUAGUAAUGAAUUACGAUCAAAAAAGGAAGAUUAUCUUCUUAAUUUAGCCAAAACAAAUGGACAAUUUUUAAUGAACAAUUUAGCUGAUUUAGAAACUGAAACUGUUGAGGGUUAUACUUGUGUUAAAUUACCUGCUGGAAAAACACCAAUUCCUAGAGCUUUACCGAUUCCCAAGCCCAAACCACCUACCAAAUGGGAAACAUACGCAAAGGAAAAAGGUAUUCAACACAAAAAGAGAGAAAAAUUGGUCUGGGAUGACGUCGCUAAACAAUGGAAACCUCGUUAUGGUUAUAACCGAAUCAAUUCCACCAAGGAUCAAUGGGUUGUCGAAGUACCGCAAAAUAAAGAUGAAAAUACUGAUAUGUUUGAAGAAAUCCAGGAGGCAAAACGAGAAAAGGUCGCCAAAAACGAAUUUCAAAGACUUAGGAAUAUUGCUCGUGCUAAUAAAAUUAAAGGCUCAAGUUUGACUCCAGUUUUACCAAAAGAUGGUAAGGAAAAAGAAACCAGGGACGAAGUCAUGAAUGCUGCCGCAGUUGCACGAGUAUCCACAGCUUCAUUAGGAAAAUUUGACAGAAAACUACCUAAUGGUUUGGAUAAAAUCGAAGCUAAGUUAUCAUCCAAAGCUGCAAAAGCUUCAGGGAAGAAAAGGAAAUUUGAAUCCAAUUUCGACAACAUAGAUAAAGAAAAGAAAAGAUAUUCGGAUAUUUUAAAUAAAAUAGACAAAGGAGAUAAGAUUGAUGGCAAUAAAGCGUUAAGCAUAAUAACACAGAAAAAGAUCAACGCCGCUGUUAAAAGUGAUAAUGAAAAAACGAAAGGUAAAGACCGAAAAUCUAAAAAGGGUAAAAAAGCUGGCAAAAGAGUAUCUUUCCACAAUAGAUCUCAACAAAAGAAGAAGCAAAUGGGAUCUAAGGGCGGCUUCAAAGGUAAAUCAAAAGGUGGACCAAGGAAGGGUAAAUAGUUAAUUUACUGAUGAACAGUACUUUUCUAUUUGCCUGUUAAUGAAUAUCAUAUUUUGUUGAAAAUAUAUUGCAAACAAUACAAACUGUGUACGAUAUUUAUUAAUAAAUGACUUGUGAAGUUGCUAAAUAAAUAAAUUAAAUUUGAUAAAUCUCAAA